AUGAUCAUCAAGGAUCUGGUGUUUGAUGAGGUGCCAGUGAGGGUGUAUUGGCCCAGAACACCAACUAUCAAUAAGAGACGAGCAAUGGUCUUCCUUCAUGGAGGAGUUGGCCUGUUUGGAGACAUUAGUAAGUUUGACCCGUUCUGCAACUACAUUGGCCGAAAGAGUGAUUCUGUGGUUGUGUUUGUUAGAUUUCGUUUAGCUCCGGAGCAUCCAUACCCAGUGCCAGUUCUGGACUGUUGUACUGCUACUAUACACCUGUUGAAGAAUGCUGAGCGAUAUGGAGUGGACCCCAACCGCAUCAUCAUUGGUGGGGACAGUAGCGGAGGCACCUUUGCUGCUGCAGUUUGUCAUGAACUGGCGACAAGGAAGGAUCUCCCAAGGGUCCGAGCCCAGGUCCUUCUCUACCCAUUCCUUCAAGCAGUGGACUUCCAUUUGCCUUCUUAUCAGCAAAACAGUUCAAUUCCCUUGUCAUACAAGAAACGAUUCCUCAGAUUUGGCUUGUUGUAUCUCACUGGGAGAAAUGUCAAAGUGGAUGAAGUUAUAAGAGGUGCCCAUGUUCCUGAGGAGUUGAGGGUGAAGUACAGAAAAUGGGUUAGUGCAGAUAUAAUUCCAGAAGAAUUUAAGGACAGGGGUUAUGUGCCACCAGUGCUUGCUCCAUUUUCAAAAGAAUUUUAUGAAAAAGGCAAGCAAGCCCUUGAGCCCAUGUUUUCCCCACUUUUAGUAGAAGAUACUGUCAUCCGCCAGCUCCCUGAUACAUUCAUUUUAACUUGUGAAUAUGAUAUUUUCAGGGAUGAUGGACUGUUGUAUAAGAAACGCCUAGAGGACAAUGGUGUGCCAGUGACAUGGCAUCAUGUGAAGGAUGGGUUCCAUGGAAUAAGCAUGCUUGUUGAUUUUGGACCCUUUAAAUUUCCAAGCGAACAGAUCCGUUUUCAACAUGUAAUACGUUUUUUAGAGUGUUUAUAG